AACCCGCGGAGCUUUGGGAGCGUCGCUGCGGCUCCUCGGCUCUUCUCAGCGGGAUGGGAGUCCAGGGCCUGAGCUCUCUGCUGGAGAAACACCGGAGGAUCUACCGGGAGGUCCGGUUCAGGAGGAGCCGCCUGCUGAUCGAUGGAUGCAACCUGCUCUACCUGCUGUACUUCAGCUCAGGUCUGGACCAGAACCAUGGCGGGGAGUAUGCUUCUUUUGAGGUCCUGAUUGAGAAGUUCGUCAAAGCCCUCAGAGACUGCGGGAUCUCGCCGUACGUGGUUCUGGACGGAGGAUCGGACUACACUGACAAGAAGCUCAAGACGGUGACGCUGAGAGCCAAGGAUCGGGUCAAGAAGGCCCACCGAGCGGCGCAGGACAACAGGCACGAGAGCAUCCUGCCCCUGCUGGUCAAGCUGGUGUUCAAACAGACGCUGGCCCGGCUGGAGGUCCCGCUGGCCCAAUGCUACGGAGAGGCUGAUCAGGAGAUCGCCGCCAUGGCCACGGAGUGGCGGUGCCCGGUGCUCUCCAAAGACAGCGACUUCUACAUCUUCGACCUCCCGGCGGGGCUGCUGCCCCUCUCUGACUUCCGGUGGGAGGCGGUGCAGCGGAGUGGCUCGCAGAGCUUCAUCAGCUGUAAGAGCUACAACACCUCCAGCUUCUGCAUCUUCUUCAGUCUCCAGCAACAGCUGCUGCCCACCUUCGCCGCCUUGGCUGGGAACGACUACGUGAAGCUGCAGCGGACGGAGUCAUCCAUCAGCUGGGCUCAGUUCGCCCCGGAGGGCAGCGGGGUAACAAGCCGUCUGGAGGGGCUGCUCCGCUGGCUGAGGGGCUUCCAGGGGCCUCAGGACGCCUUCGAGGCGGCGCUGGGGCUGAUGGGAGAUCUGAGCAGCAAGAGAAAAGCAGAGCUGCUGAAGGACUUGUAUCUGGGGAUGGAGGAGUACCAGCUCCCUCCCUGCUCCCUGAACAAGUUCUUCAUCCAUGGGACUGCACCUCCAUUCCCAGCAGAAGAAGAAGUGGCGGGUCUCGUUCCAGACUGGACCCGGCUGCCUCUGACUCGGGCCCGGUUGACUCCGGACAUCCUGGACGUGCUGCUGCUGCGGAGGAUGCCGCUCAGCAUCGUCGUGGAUCACGCCGACACGGCCAGCGCUAACCUGAUCUCACGGCCGCUCCGCCAGGUGAUGUACGGGCUGCUGCUGGGUGACGGGACGGAGGUGACGGAGAGAGACCGGGACGGCCUCCAGCUGAAGUUCAUCCCGGUCCGACCCGCCGUCACCAGGGCCUCUAAGAAGCUGGUCCUCACCUCACCGGAUCAGGUGGAGCCCUCUCAGCGGCUGCAGGUGUUACUGGAAGCUCUGCAGGUGACUGAAGACUCUCUGAGCCGUCUGCCGCCUCAACUGCGCCUCCCGCUGGCCGUCACCUGCUACUGGCUGCAGAGAGCUCAGCCUCCUCCAGACAAAGAGCUGCUGAAGGCUCUUCUGCUGGGACUAAGUACUGGAGAUUCUACGAGACCUAGAACAGCUCUGCAGAAUCAGAACCACCAUCGUAGACCGGAUCUGGACUUGGUCGUAGUUCACGCCUUCAACCAAUGGCAGAGCUGCCUGAAGACCAGCAUCCAUCUGAACCAGCUGCUGGGUUUCCCCUUACCUGAGCCCCAGAUCUCCAGGUUGUAUGAGGGGUCGUUGGUUCACCAGCUGGUCCACAGGAUGCGGUCCGGAGGAAAACUGAGGCCGUUUGUGAAGAACGAUCGUUCCAGUUUGAAGCUGUAUCAAACCUUUCAGGCCGUCGUCCAUCAGUUUCACACUCAGGAGGCGUCGGCGUCCUCAGAGACCCAGAAGACAGCGUUGGCGUCCUCAGAGACCCAGAAGACAGCGUUGGCGUCCUCAGAGACCCAGAAGACGGCGUCGGAUCAGCAGCAGCCCCCUCUGGACGACCUGACCGUGAACCUGCAGCAGCUGUUCCUCCUGAACGAGGACGCUGAAGCCGGCUGCUCUGUCAGAGUUCAGGAGGAUCUGCGACUCGGCGCUCUGGUGUCGGUGAGAACUCGGUACAGAGCUAAAGAGAGAAACAACCGGUGCAAGAACCCAGAACUGGCCCGCAAAGAGGAGUGCCGUGGCCGGGACCUCCUCUGAUCCCAGGGUCUGGUUCAUGGACUCUCUGACUCCUGGACUAGACGUGGACUUCAGGUUUUACACUCUACGGACCUUUAACACACUAAAGGAGAGGGGAAAAGUGUAAAGCACAAUAAAAUAAAAAUAGGAACAUGAGAACUCCUGGUUCUGUUCAGAUCCUCGCUGCCCAUCUUUAGGCGCAGGCUGAAAACUCACCUCUUCAAGAAGUACUACCCUGAGCCUUCCUCGUAGCACUUACUGUAUUCGUAUCAGUUCGCUGCACUUAUUGAAUUUGUAUUCGUUUACUGCACUUAUCCUAUUCGUAGUAGUUUGUAGCACUUGUUAUAUUCGUAUUAGUCUGUUGCAAUUAUUGUUUUCGUAGUAACUUGCCUCUGCACUAUACUUUUGCUCUGGUUUAUGCUUUAAGAUGCUUGUUUAAGAAAGGAGAUGCACUUAUGACUUCUGGUGACUAGUAGUUCUCUUGAAUACCUAUGUUGAAUACACUUCCUGUAAGUCGCUUUGGAUAAAAGCGUCUGCUAAAUGACUGUAAUGUAAUGUAAUGUACUGUAAUGUAAUGUACUGUAAUCCUCGGCUAAAGCAGCACGUUGAUUACAGCGUGUUCUAGGAUGCAGAUCAGUUUUUGAGGGCGGAAAUUGGGAUUGGACCAAUCAGAAGCCUGCGUAGUACAUUCUGGGAUAGUUUGUUCUUUGGGGGGAAAACAGUUUCAUUUAUGUAAAUGUCAAGAUUCAAUCAAAGGAGAAGUUGUUGGACAUGAAUGAAUUCAUGAGUACAUCUACUGCAGCAGUGUACUCAUUAUGAUACUACUUGACUAUGACUUUGAUGUACUUUAUACUUCUACUCAGAGGGAAACGUUGCAACUUUUAUUAUUUUAGUUUGAUCUAAGAGAUGUUGUAAUUUUGCAGAUUAAGAUGUUUCUUUAAGAGAUUUUUAAAACUUGAAUAUACAUUUUGUUCUCAAUGAUAAAUAAAACGAUAGUCGGAGGUGAAGCUGCUGUCGUUUUUUCUGUUUCACUUUGUAUAGAGAAAACAUGGUCACUAUAGUAUCUGUGUUUGUAUGAUGAGAGAACAUGAUGAGAGAACAUGGUCACUAAAGUAUCUUUGUUUAUUGAAAUAAAGCAGAAACAUAAAGAACGUCUUACAUACAGUGGAGGAGUAACGGCACAUGUUCUCCUCGUACAAAUGUCGGGUCAGUUUCAAACCUGUAGUUUGUUCAGUUGGUCCAAAGAAAACGAAAAGGAUCCAGUGAAGUUCUUCUCUGUCGGACUUAUGAAUUCAAUAAUUUAAUAAUAAUUUAAUAAUAACAACAAUCAUAAUAUCAACCGAGGUUGCCAAAACAAACAGAUUUUGUAUGAGCUAACUCAUACUAAUCAGGUUUGCCAGCUCAUGUAGCUAACAUUAGCAUUGUGUAGCUCUUCACUGAGGAACAGUGUGAUGUCACAUCAAUUAAUCCGAUCAAUGUCAUCGAGGACAGAACCUUAAAAUCAAACAAACCGUCGUAUCCUGGUGGAACUAAAACGAAAUAAAAAACGCAAUAUCUAAUUUAACUUUAAUGUUUGAAAAAGCACAAAUAAUGCCAAAAUGGAAAUUACUUACAUUUUCAAAAGACAUAUUUUUUGAUCCAAUCUUAAACAUGGGACUGUUUUAAUAAUAAUAAUAAUAAUAAUAAUAAUAAUGACGAGUGUAAAACAGACCUUUGAAAAUGGUCAGAUAAUAACAUUUAAUCAAAAACUGUUUCACUGUUUCAACUUCAGACUGUGAUUCAUACCAGUUAGACGUUCUGGUGUCCACAAGAACCGGACCUUUAGAACGACAACGUAGCCGAGCCAUCGGAGGAGCAAACAUUUAUUACUGAGCUGCUGUUAAUAUUAAUAUAUCUAAAAAUGAUCUGGGAUUAAAGUUGAGGAAAAAAAUCACAGAUUUACGCAUAUAUAUAUAUAUAUAAAAA